AUGACUUUGGGCAGCAGCGGCGGCGGCGGCUGCGGGAUCAUGUCCGAGCGCUCCCCGGAGGAAGAGCCGCUCUCCGAGGUGGAGGACGCGGAUAUCGACGUGGUGGGCCCGCCCCAGGAUGGGGGCAAGUACAGCGAGGAGGAGGAGGACGACGAGGACGAGGAGGAGGAGGACGAGGAGGACGGCGGCGAUCCGCUGGGGCUGGCGCUGGCGCGGAGCGGGGCCGCCAAGGCGCGCAUGGGGGGGUCCCCGGAGCGGCUGUCCCCCGCCGGCGGCUCGGAGCCCGCCUGCGCCCGCGGCGCCGCGCCCGGCGAGAAGGCGCCCGCGGGCGGCGGCGGCGGCGGCGCGGGAGGGAAGAACCCGCUGGUGAAGCCGCCCUACUCCUACAUCGCCCUCAUCACCAUGGCCAUCCUGCAGAGCCCCAAGAAGCGGCUGACGCUGAGCGAGAUCUGCGAGUUCAUCAGCGGGCGCUUCCCGUACUACCGGGAGAAGUUCCCCGCCUGGCAGAACAGCAUCCGCCACAACCUCUCCCUCAACGACUGCUUCGUCAAGAUCCCCCGGGAGCCCGGCAACCCGGGCAAGGGCAACUACUGGACGCUGGACCCCGAGUCCGCCGACAUGUUCGACAACGGGAGCUUCCUGCGGCGGAGGAAGCGCUUCAAGCGGCAGCAGCAGCUGCACCCGCCGCACCCCGAGCUGCUGCUGCGGGCCGGGGCCGCCGACCCCGCCGCCUUCCUGCCCGGCUUCGCCUACGGACCUUACGGCUACAACUACGGCCUGCAGCUCCAGGUACCCCCACCACCACCACCACCAUCCCGGCGGCGGAGGCGGCGGGCCGCGGGCGCCUUCCCCUUCCCGGCGCCGCACUGCCCGUUACCGGCUCCGCCGCCUCCCGCCGCCGCCUCCGUCUUCUCCGCCGCCUCGGGGCUGCCCUCCUUCCUGGGCGGCGAGCUGAACUGCAGGAAGUCCUUCUACCACCCCCAGCUGAGCCCCACCGCCCUGCCCGCCGCCCUCCUCCAGACCCUCAAGCCGGACCCCUCGCCCGCCGGCGGCGGCGGCGGCGGCGGCAGCGGCGGCACCAACCACCCCUCCCGGCCCUCUUUUUCCAUAGACAACAUCAUCGGGGGGGCCGUGCCCCCGCCGCCCAGCACCAACCCCAGCGUCGCGCCCGCCGCGCCCUACCCCGCCGGCCAGGCGGGCCCCCCGGCGCAGGUCCUGGCCGUGCUCAGCCCCGCCUUGGCCCCGGCACAGCCCCAGGUCAGCCUGGCACACGAGCCGCUCCUCCAGCCGGCCCAGAACUUUUCCAGUAAAAUCACAACCCUCAGCAGCUGUCAUUUUUAA